GAAGAACGUAUGAAAAUGAUCGUAAAUUUUGACACCGAAUUGGCUUUAUUUCGUCAAAUGGCUCUGGCUAGUAUCAGAUUUUUUUUAACUUCUAAAUUUAAAGACUAACUAAAUUAAAUAUAUUAAUUUUUCAUAGAUUGGUGAUUUGUUUGCUAUUACUGACGAAUUGGAUAGUCAAUUUGUUCGUUUGGAUGUCUUUAAGUCUAAUGAUGAUACAAUAGCACCUGGUUCUAAAUUGUUAACUCAAGCAUAUGAUGGCAUUUAUCAUGAAUCACGAGGAACAGGAACAUCAAAGCAUAUUGUUGAUAAUGCAAAAUUGGCAAUUUUCGGUGCAUCUACUGGAAAUCGAUAUACAUUCAACAUGCGCAGCUUUGCACAAAAUAUAGGCAAUGAUGAUGUUCUUGUUCGAAUGUCUUACCUAGUUAUAUCUCAUGGAAUACCCAAGUCCGUUUGUAACCGAUUGCCAAUUUCAAUGCCGAAUGCGUUGCAUAUUGCUACUGUAAUUUCAUUAUUAGUAAAUUGUGGGUAUCCUGUGCAACUACGUUUCGAAAAACUUCAAUCAGAUCUCGAUAAUGAACCAGCAGAAUUGGUUCCUUCAACAAAUACACGAAAUAAACGACGAACCAUUGAUGUUGAAGAAGAUGGCUCGAUUCUCAGUGCUUAUGCUCUUCUUGAAAAAUUAAUCAAGGAAGAUUUGGCGAAAUCUGAGGAUAUGAAUCGUGCACCACAUGUUAGAGCAUUAUAUGCUAAAACAACUAAAAAAGUACCACGUAUAGUGGCCAAUACUCAUUUAUUUUUUAUUGCUAUCCAUUUAUUAACAAGCAAUGAUUAUGAAUUAUUUAACUAUGUUUCUUUUCGUGAAGGUAGUGGUACAGCUAAUUCUAUCAAUGGGUUAUCAAUUGGUGACGUUGAAGUUGUACAAGGAAAAUUUAUAAUUGAUGUAACCAAAGAAGCAAUUUUAGCUGGAUACAAUCUUUAUAAAUACAUGCAGGACAUUCAGUUUGCUGUAUUUGACUUAUCUGGUCUCGAUGGCAUAGUUAAAAAACGUCUGGCAAAUAGUUCUCGAAAAGUUGAAGAAGUUCGAAAAGAAUUGACGUUAAGGAAUAGAGUAUUACGUUCAACUAGCAUGAUUCAACCACAAGAAUCAGAUACUGUAUUGAUAUUCAAAUUGCCUAGUUCAAUAUUGAAACGAGUUUGGAUCACCAAUAAAAAAGAUGCACCAUCAUGGGCAGGCAUCUUUUCUCAAAGCUCAAAAAAAUCUCCUAACAGUAAAACAACGGAGCGAGGAACAAAAGCAAUUGAUACUUUACUUGAAUGUGGUCUCAUUAAGCAAUGUAAUUAUUUACCAAAGAAUAGUGGUUUAUGGAAAGCUUCACCAGCAGAAAUCUUGCUUUCAGAGUCUCUUCAAAUUGAUUUAUAUGAACAUGUUGGAAUUAAUGUAAACCACUAG